UCAGUGUGUGGACACGGACACGGAACACAGACUGUACACCAACAUGGUGGCGAUUUCUUUCAACCAAAUGUCAUUUGUAUUUUUUCUGAAGCCAACCACGGUGCGAUGGAACAUUCCCAACUUCGUAGUUGUGAGCGUUGGCCAGCCUGCUCUAGCACUGUCGCCGCUGAUUUGAAAAGUGGAUUGGGCGCGUCGCCUAACGUUCAAUAGUUUAACGAUCAUCGAAGGGCCGAAUCCAACGACGCAACAUGGCAAAGCCCAUUUUAUACAAUGUUGAAGUUGAAAACUUCAAAACUUAUGCCGGCAAAGUGAUGAUAGGACCGUUCAAGCCGUUCAUGGCUGUUAUAGGACCCAAUGGCUCAGGAAAAUCUAAUUUUGUCGAUGCUAUCUCAUUUGCAUUGGGAGAGAAAGCAUCAAAGUUAAGGGUGAAGGACCUCUCUGACCUCAUCCAUGGAGCUCACAUUGGGAAGCCAGUUUCUGAAUCAGCAUCUGUGACUUUGUACUUCAAAUAUGUGGAUACGUCUGAAGAUGCUUCGUCUCUUACGCCAUCCUUCUCCAUAUUUCGAAGGGUUGUCACAAGAACUUCUCAGGAAUACUUCAUAAACAACGGGUCUGUGAAACCUGUCAAGUACUUGGCUGAGCUGAAUGCCUUAGGCCUCAAUAUCAAAGCAGAGAACUUUCUCAUUUACCAAGGAAAAGUAGAAACAGUAGCGCUGAUGGAUCCAAAACAGAGAACAGGUCUCUUUGAGGAGAUAAGCGGGUCUAAAGCCUUUAAGAGGCAAUAUAAUGAUUUAAAGGCAGAGAUGCUUGGAGCUGUUGAAUCAAGUCAUUUAGCCUUUUUAAAACAGCGCACCUUCAGAGGAGAAUACCAAGAAGCAAAGCAGGAGCGAGGUGAAGUUCGUAAAUAUGAGCUGCUCCUUGAGGAAUUGAGAGAAAAGAGAGUUGAAUUGCAACUAUUUAAGCUUUUUUGCAAUCAGAAUGGCCUAACAAAGCUUGAGGAGGAAUUGUCUCUUAAGCAAACAGAGGUAGAAGGAAUGCAAUCAGACAAAAAGGAAUCUGAAAAAAAGUUGAAACAUGCUGUUAAGUCUUUUGGGACAGCUAGCCGUGAGCUGGCAAAGCUGGAGACAGAGGUCCAAGACAAGGAAACUCAAAUCAAAAAAGUUAAAUUGCCAUUUAUUAAGGCCAAAGAGGAAGCUGCUCACCUGAGUAAAAAGCUGGAAACAGCACAGUCAUCUUUGAAACAGGCAUUAGAUGUUCAGAAGAAACAUUUAGAUACCUUGAAAUUUCUGAAGGAAGAGCUAGCAAAUGUCCGGGCUGAGGAACAGAGUUUUAUGGAAAGCGUUGCUGAAGAGAGUAUCAGUCAAGGAAGGAGUAUUGAACUUGAAGAAUCACAGGCCAAAGAUUACAAUGAGUUGAAGAGACAAGCUGCUCACCUCUCAGGUUCACUCCGUCAGCAAAUAGAAUCCCUUACCAGAGAACAUAAAUCCAAUUUAGACCGCAAGGAAAAUGAAACAAGAAAAUGUUCUAGCAUCAAAGACAGAAUUGCUAAAAAAUCUCUAGAAAAAGAAGAAUGCAUGAAGCGCUGUGAGAAGCUCUCUGAGCGCAUAAGUUCAAAUGAGAAAGAGUUGCAAGAAAUGUUGGCAAAGCAGAAAACAUUUAAGUCAAGUAGUCUUUCUUGCCAGGAGAACAUAGCUUCAAUACAAGCUGAAUUAAGUCAAAUAACGGCUGAAUUGAGUGAUGCCCACAUGGAAAAACAUGAUGUGAAUGCCAGGAAAAAGAAACAAGUGGUUGUUGGAAGAUUAAAAGAACUCUUUCCAGGAGUGUAUGAUAGAUUGAAGUAUUUAUGUGAACCAGUGAACAGGAGAUAUUCCAUUGCUCUUACCAGAGUCAUGGGCAAACACAUGAAUGCCAUUGUUGUGGACAAAGAGAGGACUGCUAGGCUUUGUAUACAGUAUCUCAAAGAACAAAUGCUGGAUGCUGAGUUAUUUCUGCCAUUGGAUUAUAUUGAGGUCAAACCAUUACAAGAAUAUCUACGCCAGAUAGGAGGACACCAUACACAUUUACUCUUUGAUGUUGUUACCUACAACCCUCCAGAAGUCAGGAAAGCUAUUCUUUUUGCAACAAGAAGUGUCUUAGUAUGUGAUACUCCAGAUGAUGCUAUGCAAAUGGCUUUUUAUAAUUCUCAGAAGAUGCUCACAGCCAUUGCCCUAGAUGGUACAUUUUACCAAAAAAGUGGCUUAAUUUCUGGUGGAAGUGCUGACCUGGCCAGAAAAGCAAAACAGUGGGAUGAGAAACAAGUGGCUCAAAUGCAAGCGAAAAAGACUGAUCUGUCUGAAAAGCUAAAAUCUUUGCUCAAACAAUCUCGAUGUCAAUCUGAGCUCAAUAUUGUAGACUGUGAAGUAAAGGGAUAUACAAGUAGAAUAAAACUGAUGAAAGAAGAUCUGGAAAAAUCUCUUUCCAGAAUUCGUUUAAUAGAUGAAGAGUUGGACAAAUUAAAUGAAGCUUUCCAAGGCUGCCAGCCUCUGUUAAAUGAAAUUGAACAAACGAUUGAAGGUCAAAGUGACAAGUUAAAGACUCUGGAGAAAAAAGUGCAUAAACUUGAGGACCGUGUGUUUUCUGAAUUUUGUAACAAAAUUGGUGUCCCAAACAUUAGAGCUUAUGAAGAAGCAGGGCUCAAAGUCUAUGAGGAACGUGAAAAGAAACGUAUGGAGUUUGAUAAUCGCAAAAAUUGCAUUAAAAACCAACUUGAAUAUGAGAAGACUGUGGAUACUGAAAGUAACAUCAAACGGUGGAAUGAUGAAAUACAGAACAGAGAAUCUGCCUUGACUGAUGCUAAGAAGUUGGUUGAAGAUAAUCAGAAUGCAGUAACCACUUUGACAGAUGAAUUAAAGAUAUUGAAUGAUGCCGUUAAAGAGAAGAGAAGUGAAGUCGAUUUGAAGGAGAAAGAGACUGAUAAGGCCAAGAAAGAUGUGAAGGCCAUUGGUGAUACCAUUCAUGGCAUGCAAAAGCAGAUGCUUGCAAUGGAAACCAGCAUUGGAAACCUUCAUCGUGCACGUCGUGCUAUUCUGAUUCAUUGUCAUGUUGAAGGAAUUGUCUUACCAAUAGUUGAGGGGGACAUUAGAUCACUUGUACCUGGUAGAAGUGAUGAGAGUGAAAGUGGUAGUUCUACAAGUGCGAGUGUCUCCGCCGAUUCUCAAGCAACGACUUCACACAUCGUAAUUGAUUAUGACAGUCUCUCUUCUAAUAUCAGAAAGCUUAAAGGAGCUUCUUUAAAAGAGCAUGAAACCAGUUUAAAAGAAAACAUAGCAAAAUUAUCUGCAAAGAUUAUGUCCAUGGGUUCCAUGAACUUAAAGGUUGCUGAAAAAUUAGAAGAAACCUCUGACAAGCUGAAAGAAACAAAUUCCGAAAUAGAAGAUGCUCGGAAACAAGCAAGAAAGGCUAUCAAUGCAUUUGAAAAGAUCAAGAAACAGCGCUGCGAUGCCUUCAAUGAAUGCUUUGACUUUGUCUCUAAUGAAAUUGAUGUAAUUUACAAGCAAUUGACUCAAUCAACGUCUGCUAUGGCUCUCCUGACAGCAGAAAAUGUAGAGGAGCCAUAUUUGGGUGGGAUUGCUUAUUGCUGUAUUGCACCUGGAAAGCCCUGCAAACCAAUGCAAAGCCUCUCUGGAGGGGAGAAAACAAUUGCUUCGAUUGCAUUAGUCAUCGCUUUACACAGGCAUGGCAAAGCUCCUUGCCUUAUCCUCGAUGAAAUUGAUGCUGCUCUCGAUAAUUCAAACAUAGCAAAUGUUGCACGUUUUUUUGACACCAACAAAAAUCAAUUUCAUACUAUUGCCAUCUCUCUCCAGCCAGCAUUCUACUGCCAUGCAGAUGCCUUGGUUGGUGUCACAGUUAAUUUCCGUGAAGACCGCAAAGGGAAGAAGGAUCCUGAAAGUGUUGUGUUCCUGUAUGAUCUGGAAGUCCAUGACCAGAAGAAGAACUAGAACAAACUAAAGUUUAAUGUAUUAAAAAUGUAUUUCAAUCUUACUGCAUUAAUUGAUUGAUUUGCGGUACACAAAAUUGUAACUUUAUUCUAUCAGAUAAGAUAAAUUUUGCUCAUCAAACAUGAGCAACAAG